CCCUCUAAUUAUUGAUCUCCAAAACGUGUUUCAAGGAAAUGGGUCAAUUGGAUCCUUUACGAUAGAAAGUGAUCCUGCAAAAAUAUUUUGUGGUAUUUUCAAAUUUUUUAUGUGUAAAAAUAAAUAUAAACUAAAGAUUUGUUAAAGAGCUGGAUAUCAGUUCUCAAAAGUUCCCACGCUGUUGAUUCUCCUUUAAAUACCCACAAUAUCCAUCAUCUCAAACACACUAACAUACUUCAAUUUCCCACGUUAUCACCAUAUAUCCUUUUCUUUUUCCAUUUUCUGCUCUUAUAAGUUUUGUAACGUGGAAUUUGAGCAGCACAUAUUGAGAGAAAACAUAAGUGGCCAAAGCAUGAACCACAAGAAGAUCUACAAUCUUGAAACUACAUCUAGUAGUACUUCUUCUGUUGCUUCACAUGAAGAUUUGAGGAGUAGAAUUGAGUCAUUUCAUGCGCGAGAGAGCGGUAUUUCUAAGAGUGCGUCUGCAGAAAAGAAACUCUCAUGGCUGCGUUCUCAGAUCAUUGGUGCAGAUGUCGAUUUUGAGACACCCUUUGGGAAACGUAGGCUCACUUAUGCUGAUCAUACUGCAUCUGGAAGAUGCCUUCACUUCAUUGAAAACUACAUCAUUAAUAAUGUCCUUCCUUUCUAUGGCAACAGUCAUACUAGCGACAGUUACGUGGGAUACCAGACUACAAAAUUGGUGCAUGACGCAGCAGCUUACGUGAAGAAAUGCUUAGGGGGAGGAGAAAAAGAUGCAAUUAUAUUCUGUGGUUCUGGCUCUACUGCUGCCAUUAAAAGGCUUCAAGAAGUCAUGGGGAUUUCAGUCCCUUCUAUCCUAAGAGAAAAAGUACUCUCAAAAUGCUUCCCCAAAGAAACCAAAGAAAGAUGGGUAGUCUUUGUUGGACCUUAUGAGCAUCACUCAAACAUCCUUUCAUGGAGACAAAGUUUGGCAGAGGUUGUGGAGAUUGGUUUGGAUGAUAAUGGCUUAGUAGAUAUGGAAGCCUUGAGGGUUCAGCUUGAGUACUACAAGUCUACAAAUAGGCCACUGUUGGGCUCAUUCUCAGCUUGUAGUAAUGUCACCGGAACUUACUCAGAUACAAGAGCCAUUGCUCGUCUUCUUCACAAAAAUGGAGCCUUUGCUUGCUUUGAUUUCGCGUCAAGUGCUCCUUAUGCAAAAAUAGAUAUGAGUUCAGGAGAAAUUGAUGGGUAUGAUGCUGUUUUCCUUAGUCCCCACAAGUUUCUUGGAGGGCCAGGGACGCCUGGAGUCCUUCUAAUGAACAAGGCACUCUACCGGUUGAGAACUUCACCUCCAUCAACUUGUGGUGGAGGGACUGUUGAUUUUGUCAACCCCUUUAAUGAAAAGGAUACAAUCUAUGUGAAGAACAUUGAAGAAAGGGAGGAUGCAGGAACACCUCCAAUCAUCCAGAAAGUGAGAAUAGCUCUUGCAUUUUGGGUGAAAGAGUUCAUAAGUCACAAAGUAAUUGAAAGAAUGGAGGACACCUACAUUGAGAUUGCACUACAAAGGCUUCUCCAAAACCCUAACAUAUGGGUUUUGGGAAAUGUAACAGCCAAGAGACAAGCUGUGCUUUCUUUUCUCAUCUAUACCACCACUUACUCUUCAUCAAGUGAUAGUAAUGGUGAGGAAAGCGAGCUUGACCUAUGGACAGAAACAGGGAUCAAAAGAGAUAAGCCUCUUCAUGGUCCUUUCGUUGCUAAGCUGCUUAAUGACCUAUUUGGUAUUCAAGCUAGAGGAGGAUGUGCUUGUGCGGGACCCUAUGGGCAUAGCUUGCUCAAGGUUGAUGAACCUCAUUCUCUUGCCUUCAGAGAUGCAAUUGAAAUGGGCUAUACUGGAGUGAAGCCUGGAUGGACAAGGGUCAGCUUCCCCUACUACAUGUCCAAGGAAGAAUUUGAGUUCAUUCUAGCAGCAUUAGAAUUCAUAUCUAUGUAUGGACAAAGGUUCCUCCCUUUGUAUCAUUUCAAUUGGAGGAGUGGUGCCUGGACUUUCAAGAAAAAAGAUUUCAAUUGCAACUUUUGCUGCUCACAAAUGAUGAAGGUAUUGAACACAGGUUGCCAGGUCACAAAAGAAAACAACCAUGGAAGAGGAAGCACUACCAGAGAAGUUCUUGUUUACAAGUAUGUAAAGUACCUUGAGAAAGCCAAGCGCAUCGCUAAAGGUUGCUAUGACAAAAAAGAAAACAACCAUGGAAGAGUAAGCACUACCAAAGGUCUUGUUUACAAGUAUGUAAAGUACCUUGAGACGGCCAAGCGCAUUGCUAGCCUCCUUCACAAGUUCCCACCUCGACGGCCGAUACCUAAAGAAAUAGACCCCGAUCUUGUACCCUUUAGAGUCUGAAGAGCAUUAGUUUGUUCUGAUCCUUCACCAAUAUGAUCAUACGCUUGUCCAGUGAGGUGCCAAAGAAGGUCUUGUUUACAAGUAUGUAAUACCUUGAGAAAGCCAAGCGCAUCGCCAGUGUUAUCAAAAGCGAAAAGCGCAAAAAAGCUCUAUGGUCAGCUGGGGCUUUAAGUGCAAAACGCAAAUAAACCGGGGGCUUUGCUGGCGCAAAAAUACAAAUAUAUAUAUACUGUGUGUGUGUGUGUUUAGUCCAAGACUAACAAUAAUACGCAUGAAUAAUAAAUAUAUGGACAAAGAAAUCGUAAAAAUAUUACGAUAAAGUGAAAUAUCAAUUAUCUAGUGUCAUCUCUUCAAAAGAGGUUAAUUGGCAAGGAUCAAUAUGUCUUAGAGCCUUGAUGAUGACACCUGAAACGCACAUAAAGCGAGGUGAACCGUUCAACAUGUUUUGAGCCUCGCUUCAGGGCUUAAGCGCGCUUUAAGCGCCCCCUGACAACACUACGCAUCGCUAUAGGUUGCCAUGACACAAAAGAAAACAACCAUGGAAGAGGAAGCACUACCAAAGGUCUUGUUUACAAGUAUGUAAGGUACCUUGAGACAGCCAAGCGCAUUGCUAGCCUUCUUCACAAGUUCCCACGUCGACGGCCGAAACCUAAAGAAGUAGACCCCAAUCUUGUACCCUCAGAGUCUGAAGAGCAUUAUUUUGUUCUGAUCCUUCUCCAAUAUGAUCAUACACUUGUCCAGUGCCUGGGGUCUGGAGAGGGUAGAGUGUACGCAGAGUCGCAGACCUUAACCCUACCUCGUGGAGAUAGAAAGACUGUUCCCGAAAGACCCUCGGCUCGAGUGACAUUUCAUAAAUAUUCUGUUAAAGGAAAAUCAAAAUAACGGUUCUGGUCAUAUGAAUUAUUAGUUUAACACAACUAUAACAAUGUGUUACUGUUGCAGAUCAACUUAGUAUAUUUGAUCUUCAAUUAAAUCAAAUUUGCAGCUUCAAUCCAAUCAUUGAUCAACAAAAAUGAAUAUGAGUUCUGUUAAAAGUCAAUGUUUCCUCUUGCAACUACUCAUUAGCACUUCUAUCAAAAAGAACAUGAAGAUCAACCCAUUGGAAAAAGAACAAAGACAGCUUUUCAAAUGAAACAGAGAGGAAGAAGUACAACUUGAUGUUGUUUCAAAUGGCUAUGUUGUCAUAUCUUCAGAGUUACUCCAACAAUAGCUCCUAAAAGUUUUGCUACACUAUCAAAACUCUUGACUCGGAAGAAGUUUUUGCAUCUAGUAAUGCGCAAUUGCUACCUAAUUUUUACGUGCACAACCUGUAAACAAGUUUGGUGAAUCCCAGAACAGCUUCAAAUAAACAUUAAAAGCAAAAUUCUUCUGGAAUGGACUCCGGUGCAAACGAAAUUUGAUACAGGAACACUUCUUUGCAGCUUCAAUCCAAUCAUUGAUAGACAAAAAUAGAACAUUAGUUUUGUUAAAUGUCAAUUUUGUGACUACUCAUUAGCAAUUCGACCGACACAACAUGAAGAUUAAACCACGGGUAAUAGAUCAAGUACAGCUUUCAAAUGAAACAGAGAGGAAAAAUUACAACUUGAUGUUGUUUCAAAUGGCUACCAAUUUCGUACAUGCACAACCCGCAAACAAAGUUGGUGAAGCCCAAAAUCUCUCCAAUUAAUUUUAUUUAUUUUUAAAAUCCGGUGCAAACGAAAUUUGAUUGUGGUACACUAAUUUAGUUUACAAUUUAAUUUGCCAUUCAGAGAAAAAAAUUACAGUUACCAGUUAGAUUGUUGGAGGUGAUGCAAGGAGCUU